GUCGGUAGAUCUGGUUCACUCACUGCCGGCUUCCGUCGAGGCCUCAACCGAUCACUUGAUCAGUGAACAGUCUCCAUCCCCAUCGCUCGCUCGCUUCUUACGGCCUCUCACCAGAUUAGCACCGCGCCACCGCCAUGGCUGCCUCCCUCCUCCGGCUCUCCCGCCCCUGCCGCGCGCUCCUCCCUCUCUCCUCCCUCCGCCUCCCGCUCUCCACCCAGCCGCAGCCCGCACCGCCCGCCCCUGCCCCCUCCUCCACCACCAGCCGCCGCCCGCGCUUCCUCUCCUUCCUCGCCGCCGCCGCCGCCGCCGCCGCUGCCGCCGGGGGAACAACCGUCGCCCUCUGUGACCCCGGCGUCGACCUCCGCGUCGGGGGCAAGGAUAGCACGGAGCUGAUCGUGAAAGGAGAGCACCGGCGCGUGCCGCGGGAGUUCAUCGACGAGCUCGCGUCCUUCCUCGGGGAUAACCUGACGGUGGACUACGAGGAGAGGAGCUUCCAUGGCACGCCGCAGAACAGCUUCCACAAGGCAGCCAACGUGCCCGAUGUUGUUGUGUUCCCGAGUUCGCAAGAGGAGGUACAAAAGAUUGUGAUGGCCUGUAACAAGUAUAAGAUUCCAAUUGUACCAUAUGGUGGGGCUACCUCUAUUGAGGGUCACACACUGGCACCUCAUGGUGGUGUUUGCAUCGACAUGACCUUGAUGAAGAAAAUCAAAUCCCUGCAUAUUGAGGAUAUGGAUGUGGUUGUUGAACCUGGAGUUGGAUGGAUAGAGCUGAACGAGUACCUGAAGCCCUAUGGCCUCUUUUUCCCUCUUGAUCCAGGGCCUGGGGCCACUAUUGGAGGCAUGUGUGCUACUCGCUGUUCUGGUUCAUUAGCUGUGAGGUAUGGAACAAUGCGGGAUAAUGUGAUUAACCUUCAGGCUGUUUUACCCAAUGGUGAUGUUGUCAAGACAGGCUCUCGGGCUCGAAAGAGUGCAGCUGGGUAUGACCUUGCUCGUUUGAUCAUUGGAAGUGAAGGAACUUUGGGUGUGAUUACAGAAGUGACUUUACGACUUCAAAAGCUUCCAUCUCAUUCUGUGGUUGCAAUGUGCAAUUUUAAAACCGUUAAGGAUGCUGCCGAUGUUGCUAUUGCAACAAUGCUUUCUGGGAUACAGGUUUCAAGAGUGGAAUUGUUGGAUGAGGUUCAGAUAAGGGCAAUAAACAUGGCAAAUGGUAAAAACUUGCCUGAAGUGCCAACCUUGAUGUUUGAAUUCAUAGGGACAGAAGCAUAUGCACUCGAACAAACUCUCUUGGUUCAGAAAAUUGCCAACGAACACCAUGGAUCGGAUUUUGUUUUUGUUGAGGAGCCGGAGGCUAAAACAGAAUUAUGGAAGAUCAGAAAGGAGGCACUUUGGGCUGGUUUUGCUAUGAAACCUGAUCAUGAAGCUAUGAUAACAGAUGUCUGUGUCCCUUUAUCCAGACUUGCUGAAUGCAUAUCUACAUCAAAGCAACUGCUUGAUGCGUCACCAUUGACUUGUCUGGUUAUCGCUCAUGCUGGUGAUGGAAAUUUCCACACAAUUAUCCUGUUUGAUCCAAGUAAGGACGACCAACGAAAGGAAGCAGAGAGACUAAACCAUUUCAUGGUUCAUACAGCUCUGUCUAUGGAAGGUACAUGCACAGGAGAGCACGGUGUGGGUACUGGGAAAAUGAAGUACCUAGAGAAGGAACUGGGCAUCGAGUCACUCCGGACCAUGAAAAGGAUAAAGGCGGCGUUGGAUCCCAACAACAUCAUGAAUCCGGGGAAGCUGAUCCCGCCUCACGUCUGCAUAUGACGCUCUAAGCCGCCACCUGACCGGAUCACCCGGAGGGAUUUUCACGAGUGGGCUUGGUUGUUCAAGCCCUGAUUCCAGAAGGCGCGACGCAGGCCAAGUGCUGCCAGUAAACGCAAUGCGCUCAGCUGCCCGGGACUUCCCACAUGUAUGCGUUGGGGAGAAAUGCACGUAGGCAGCAGCACAGCAGAAUUGUACUGGCACAUAACUCAAAUGAACCAUGAGAGUGAAAUAAAAAUAAUGCAUCGAGACAUUCUUCUCCUGA